GGCUUCCUGUGGAGUUCAGGCACUUUCAGCGCUCCAACUUGUUUUCGCGUAACAGACGUUUUGAAGUGGGGAAACUGCAGUGUAUGGAAAAGUGGAUUUUAGUUGUCGCUCACGAUGGUCCUUCUCCAGAACCCAAACAGGAAUUGAGAUCGGACGCCCCGCUUACUCUACGGACGCGAUUGAACGAUAUUCCAGAUGGUCUUGAUUUGAGUUCUCAGGCAAAACGGGGACCACGACCCCGAUUGUUCAAAUAAAUGGCAGAGAGUUUUUACAAAUUAGAGGAUGAACCCUUCCCCAGUUUCCUUGGCAAGUCUUUGGACAGCACCAAUGGCUGUUCGACUCUGGGAAAUGUAACGCUGGGUUCAGGCCCCGGACUGCCUGUAGCUGCUUCUACAGUGGCUAAAAUUAGACCUUCAUCUGAGAACAGAGAUUGUGUUGCUGCUGCAUACCUUGAGAAAAGUGAAAAGCUGCAGCAUGCUAAACCACCAUCAUUUGAAGACAAGCAACCAAGGUUUUCCCUCAGCUUCAAGGAUGACAUGGACAAUGCAGAUGACUUUCUCGCAGCACAUCGUCUAUCAAAAAUGCUGGUUAACAUUAAAAUGGACGAAAGUGCAUCCAGAAACCAAGGCUCCUUUAUGGGUCUUCCCACUCCGAUGAGCUCAGUCCAGGGCAAGCACACAGAAUUUCUGACAGAUCUUUCAACAGGCCUCCUAACAUUUGCUCAAUUUGGACAAGUCGAUUGUACAAAUACAAAGGUUCCAUCCCUGCAAGCUACUACAGAGAAAAAGAAUGUGCCAAGUGAAGCAGUGGACAGUGACCAUUUCAGCGGCAGCAACUCCAGUUUUUUGGAAAAUGAAAGGCUCAUGUCUAUAGACAGCAUAGACAGUGACAUUUCAGAGGAUGACAUUGAUUUCAACAACUUGCCUGACGAUGAGUUGGAGCUCUACUUUAAAAAACUAGUGCCUUCCAUGCAAAGGGGCACAGUGGAGGGCCAAGAGCUCCCUGCCACGAUGCUGCCUCGGUCUGAUUUCCAUUCCAAUUCAAAUUCUAUUAAGCCUGAACAACACAGACACCAGAUCAUUGACGACUACGAUCAGGACAACUUCCAGAUGCCUGUUGUGCGUCUGGCUGCCACAGGAAUGGACUCCUGUCCUGCCAGUGAUGAGGACACUGAGGAUGAGCUCGAGUCUGCCAGACGGACAAGCACUUCCUCUCGAACCAAGUUACUACCGAGCAUCUCCAGGCAGUUGGUUGGUGAAAGUAAUCGUCCCAGUUUUAGGCCAGGUCUAGAAGGGGGAAGUUCGGAUGAUGAGUCGAUAAGUAGCCGUGGUGGUCCAUCUGUGUCUGGGAUUGAACACAGACGAUCUGCCGAGGGACAAGUUAUCAACCCUCCUGUCACAGGGGAUGGAGGUGGAGGGGAUGGAAGCAGUGGGAGUGAAGAUAGUGGAAACGAUGGGGGAGUUUCAACAAUUUCUUUUCCAACAACACAUUUUCCAACCACCUAUGAUAUGCUGCGUGGGCCGGGAAUUGUGGGUAGCAGUGCUGUUGGUGAAGAUGGUGAUGGGGCAUCAAGCAACCCCGCAAGACUUGGAAGGGAGAACUUUACCACACAUGCAGAGAUGGGUGACCGCGUGGGUCCUGUUGGAAACGGUGAAACCAGCACCUCGAAAACUUUAUCCGGGGAAAAUCAGGAACUCUUUCCUGUGAACUGGAGCAUGGUUAUGGAUAGACAGGAAGCACUGGAUGCCAUGGAAAACACAGAGUCGAGGAUGACAAAUGAGAGAGCUGACUCUGCUUAUGGGAAAAGUGAAGGUGGAUCGAAAGGAUCCUUGCUAGCCAAGUCCUCUUUUUCUCAACUUCAGGUUACUCAAGACAACUUCCACAACUCCAAGGUGCUGCCUUUGGCAAAUUUAAGAGGAGGGCCGUGUGGUAACCCUGCAGCAGAGGCCUCAGAUGUUACCAGUGAGGAAGAUAACGAUUAUAUUUCUACUUCGCUGGAACCAAAAUAUUUCUGUCGGAGCUUCCAGGAGGAGCAAGAUCACGACUGGAACAACUGUCCAGACUCCAUGGAGUUAGAGUUUCAGCAAGGCGCUGGUGCCCAAAAUAGUGUGGUGUACAAGAAUGAAGAAGGGGAGUGGGUAACAGAUCUGGCUUAUUACACCUCCUUUGAGAAGGAAGUUGCUGAGACGACACAAAACAAUGAAGAUUUUCAAACUGAGGACUUUGUUUCCGCUGGCGAUGCACUAGAAAAGAUAGUCAAAGAUCAAGUGGAAUUUGAAAAGGAGCACCAAUUUAUGCAGGAGGAGCAGAUUGUAUCAGCUAGCAGCAACAGUCCCUGUCAAAAAGAGUCCUCUUGGAAAGCUGGUAGUACCAGCUACAUAUUGAUGAGGGCAUCGCAAGUUUCCCCUGAGUUUAAUCCAGGCGACCAAAGCUACUUGCGACUCUCAUUAGGGCAGUUUUUUGAACAACGUUCUGAAGCCCUGGGCUGUCUCUGCAGUGGUAAUAACACGGAAGGGGUUAAACGGCCAUCUUUUGGAUAUAAUAUUACCUCUCCAGAGAAGAGGGAACCAUUUGCACUACUUAACCCCUCUGACUUAAUUGAAGAGAGCUCUCUUGAAACUGACUACAUGCAAGUCAGUCAAGCAGACAAAACACUAAAUCCUGAUGAUCUGGACCAAACAAUUGCGGUAUCUGGUGAAGCGGUUUCACCAAAAGCAAAUGCAGACCCUGGCCCCUGUGAACAGAAGGACCGUAGCGCCCUCGAAGCUAAGCGUGACUGCAAUGAGGGGCCUUGCUCUGUCCCAAAUAUGGCGAGUCAGACCUACCUGUCACCCCAAAAUAACAGUAGCAAUCUUAUGUUGAGUAUCAGCACAAUUGCAUCAGCCAUUGCUGAUGCUUCCAUCAGUACUGACCCAUCACAGCUGGCUGCCAUGAUCAUGGAGCUGUCCAAGAAAAGUAGGGAAAGGAAUCGGACACAGUCCAAUGAACCUGCGGGACCUAGGAAAUCCACAGUGGAACCUUGUCCAAAUGAACAUCGCAACCCUGAUGAAGAUCAGAAUGGCCUGUCUGUCACACUACAAAGAACUACCUGUGUUGAAGACCAGAGUGCUUUCUACAUCGAGAAAUACUUAAAAAAUAACGUCUCCAGCUGCAGUGACACAUCAGUCACUACCUUUGACCUCACUGGCUGGGCUGACAACAUCAACCGAGCUCAAAAGAACCAGCCAGCAUAUAUUGGACAACAAUGUUCAGCAAAACAAACAGACAAUGAGACGGGCUCCAAAAAAGAGGCUGAUCUAAAAAGAAGCUCCAUGCCUCAUCCUGAUUCAUCAAUCAACUCUGCCAGCACUUUGGAUUCCAAGAAAUUACCCACACACACUGGACUUGCAGAGUUGCCAACAGAACCCUGUGUGGAAGAGACGCAGUGUAACUUCAGGCCCUCCACUUCCCCUCUGACUCACUCCUCUCCCAGUCAGAGCUCCCGACCUAAAGCUAAGAGUACUGUGCCUUCUCCAGGUGCCAGUGGCAAACGCCCAGGUCAUGACCUCUCUCCUCAUUCUACCUGCUCCAGCCCCAGUCUUAGCAGGCUCACAUACAUCUCAAUGAACGAUGCUACAGUUUUGCCGACACCCGCAAGGCAAAAGAAUGAUUGUACCAUGGCACUCAGUACCACAAUCAUCAGAUUUAGUCCAACUCCGCCUGUGGAACAAGAUGAGGAAAUAUGCAGCCAUUCCAAAAUCCUCGAAGUGGAGCCAAAACAUUCUAAAAGUCUGGAACAGCUACCACCACAGCACUGUAAAAAUCCAGAGACCUCAUGUGGUAGCAGUAAUCUGAGAUGUACCCGCAGCCAAAGCGAAUGUAGCCAUGGCUGUCCCGGUGAGAAAAUUGUUGGUCUUUCAGCAAACUCCAAGAACCCACCCGAGUCCAAUGUCAAGCAGGUCACAAAGGUUGACUCGGGCUGUAGCGGUAAUUCUCAUAUUCCACAAAGUGGCCCCACAGUAGCUCCUCUGACAUCUGACCAGUGGAAAGCUGCCAGCUCUGUCCCACCAUUCUUUCCUGGUGGGCUUGGUUUACCUCAGUCCUACUCAUCAGAGGGACUACACUAUGGGCCCAUGAAGUUUAAGCCUCCUUAUCCUGGCUUGAUAGACUACCCCCAUCAAGGACAUAUGCAGGGUCCCUUGGCAAGCUCCCUCGUUAACUCUCAACUAACUCAGCAGUAUUUACUACGACCUGAUGCUCACUUAAAUCCUGGGGUCUAUCAUGUGGCAGCAACAGGAACCGGUCUCUACAGUGCGCCUCCUCCAGAUGUGUCCAAUGGUGAACCAACAGCGAGGCACAUCCAUUCCACAGUACAACCUCUGGCGCUGGCAAGUGCCGCGGGGUCCUAUCACCUUCCUAUAUCCUCCCAGAGCCAUCGAGACAUGCUAGGAAAACUCUACAGCCAAUAUGGUGGAGAACCAAUGGUGGCAAGCUGUCUUGAUGAGCUAAGAGUUCAAGUGGUGGCGCCUGAGGAGCUGCAGUUUCCUCAUGCCUGUUGCAUCGGAAUUGCUUCUCAAACCUCCCUAAGCCUCUUCAAUCCCUCCGAAAGAUGGCAACACGUGUCAAUAACAAUUACAAGUCUGGCCGUUGAUGGAGAAAAGAUGGAUAGUUUGCCUUACCAAUGGCUGAUUGUUAAAAACAAGACAGUCAUUGGCCCCAAAAGUACAGAAGAACAAAAAGUGUUGUUCAUCCCGCCAAAGGCUGGUGUCUACCAGUAUAUCCUCAGUGUUUGCUCCUGGCCUGCAACUGCCAACACAGAACUGGCUGACAGGGCCCAUAUUUUUGCCAAAAGGGUAGUGCUGGUUGCCAUUGCUGAAAAUCCUUCUGUAGAGGUUGACGUGGGUAAAUCUGGAUGUUUGGAUUUUGGAGAUCUGCCAGCAGGCAGUUCCAAAUCCCUUCUUCUGAAACUCGUCAACAUGACCCGAGCCACAGUGCCCAUCCGACUUGUCAUCAGUGCGAAGGCGACAGCAUGGCGUUGCUUCUCAAUGUCCAAACAGCACGUUUCCAUACCAUCAGAGGCAACACAACCAGCAGGUCACAUGACCCCACUAAUAUCUCCUUCUGUUGUGAAUCACGUGUUGCCUGCCAACCAUGGAGAGAAUCCUGAGUGUUUUAUGGUUUGGGUUCAUUUCAAAGCUCUCCAAAAGUAUACAACGUCUUCAGGGGACUUGGGUCCAGCUGAAGAGUACAGCGCUCGUGUGGACAUAGAAGUCGACUCUCCUGGUGCGAGUCAAGUAAUCAAAAGUGUUCCUAUCAGAGCUAGGUCUGGAACUGCAAGGGUCCACGCACCAAAAGAUCUGCAGACUGUCUGCCUACGUGCGCCCUUGGGUAAAUCUUGUCAAACGACACUACCGUUAAAGAAUGCAGGAAACAUUGACGUGUGGAUGAAACUCAGGUGCGAUGAUGUCGAGGACUGUUUCUCAGUGACACCUGAUGAACUAUUCCUUACAGUGGAAGAGGAGCAAGAAAUUGUGGUCUCAUUUAAAGCACGGGGUAACAAGAAAUACAAAGCGAGCCUUCUCACUAUCUUGGUGCUGCCGUCGGGGCCACAAUAUGAAGUAAAAUUGAAAGGCGAGGUGGUCUCUGAAGAAUCUGCCAAACCUGUUUCCUCUGCUGCUCCUCGUCCUAGUUUUUGCUUGGACGCUGACAUCCCACCAAUUCUGUCUAACAAGCAAUUUGUGGCCUGGGGAGGUGUCACCUUGGGGCGAGCUGUUCAGCAGAAACUGGUUCUAAGAAACAAUUCACCCACUACCACCCAGCACCUGCGAUUACUUAUUCGGGGUCAAGACCAGGACUGCUUUCAGCUGCAGAGUUUGUUCAGUCCAGAAGAGCGCUUGACUCGACACGGAGAACUGUCCAUCCGCCCACGAGAGGAUGUGACUGUCCACAUGUUAUUUGCGCCCACAAGGGUAGCCUGCAUGUUAUCAAAGUUGGAGAUCAAACAGUCUGGAACCCGGCCAUCACAACCAGGGGUCAAAUUCACUAUUCCACUCUCAGGCUAUGGUGGCACCAGCAACAUAAUUCUGGAGGACCAGAGGAAGCAGGCAGAUGGCUACGUGGCAACAAUGUCAGACAUUUCUAUUAAUCAUGUUAGCAAGGUGUGCCUGUGUGUCAGAAACACUGGUUCAAGAGCAGCUUUCAUUAAAGCUGUGGCCUUUUCUGAUGUAAUGAACCGGUCAGUUAUGGACCCUUUUGUCAUUAGCCUUUCCCCAUCACAAUUUGUCCUUAAGGAAAGAACACAAGAGGUGAUCACAGUACUCAUGAAGUGUACACAAAGAGAGCAAAUGCUGUGUCAGUCGAAUCCACCUCUGCUGGCUACUAUUGUACUGUUUUGUGGAGAUGAGGUCUCGAGGCAACAGUACCGGAGACUACUUCAAAGCAAACCAGAUGCUGGUCAGAAAGUUCUUGCUGAAAACAGUUUGCUGAAAAACAUUGGAUUCAAUGAGGAGUUCCUCGGAGAGGAGAUCAUUACAGAGCCAUUUGACCUGCCUCAGCGGCCAAAUGAGGCCUAUAUCUUCUAUGGCCACAUGAGUAAAGUGGCAGUGUCAUUACUUGGAAGCACAAGUAGCAAGGAGUUUGAGAAGAGCAACAGCCCUGCAAUGAUGCUGAUCCCUGCUCGAGAAGACUUGCUAACAAAAAGUGGCAUGGAAAAUGGUAAUGUGUCCUUGGACGUGCUCCCAGUUAAGGGUCCCCAAGGUCCAGGAAUUCGAGUGACAGGGUCUCCAAUAAAGACCCAAGAGCCAGCACCUCGAGAGUCUGAGACAUGGACUGUCCAUCCAGAACAGCUUGUCCUCGCAGCUCCAAGUACGAGAAUUUUAGAUGCGGUUGCAGCAGGCACAAAUCUGGUCCAGAUCAAGAACAAUACUUCCAGAGAGUUAAGUUUUGAUUUGUCCUGGCCUGCUCAUUACCUGACCAUUACGCCUCAGCACGGAAUCAUCGAGCCAAAGUGUCACCUGCAGAUUUUGAUCAGUCCCAACCCUUCGCUCGCCAGCAAAUCUGACAUGUUCCCUUGGAACGGGAAGAUAUUUGUCCAGUGUGAUGGGAAACAGAAGGUGAUCAAGGUCCAAAUCCGUCGAGAUCUGGUCCUAGAUGUUUCCGCCGCACCAGCAGAUUCAACGCUGUCAGCUCUAUCCCCUCACGCUGCCACUCCGAUGUUGCCUCCAGUCAGACUGACCUCAAAGUCCACGCUGCCCGUAACACCACUGCAGUUAUCUCAACCUCUGGUCAAGAUCGGCAAGAAAAACAUAAUCUUUCCCAACACACCUUCAGGAGAAACAUCAGAGGCUCAGUUGGAGGUGGAGAAUGGAGAAAUGGAAGUGAGGUGGUACAUAUCAUCAUUUGCUCCUCCUUAUGUUAAGGGUGUUGAUAACAGUUGUGAUGUCUAUCGGGCCACCUACACAGCUUUCAGCUGUUCCAGAGUCUCAGGCACUUUGGGAGCCCAUGAAAAGAUGCAGGUGCCAAUUACAUUCUUACCAAGAGAUGGAGGCGACUAUGCUCAGUUUUGGGAUUUGGAGUGCCACCCCUUGUCUGAACCCUUGCAGAAAUCUAGAAUCCGCUUUCAACUAUGCGGCACGGGGAUCUACUCUGGAUCAUUUAAAAGACCUCAGGAAGAUGAUUGCUCAUUAGUGAAAACCGAGGCCACAGUUAAAACGAGGAGGAAAGCUGAAAUGCCCAAAUCCAGUUUGCAUUUGAUUCUCAGCCAGGAUGAAGCAGUAUGGAAGGGUGUUAAUACGCCUCAGGAUCGUUACGCUUUCCCUGAUACACGUAUUGGCGAGUGCAGCACUCUGAAGGUCAACAUCCGCAACAACUCGCCCAACACACAUGAGCUGAGGUUUGUAAACCCUAGGGAGCCCUUCCACAUCAAGCAUUCCAAAUAUUCCUUGAGAUCUCAGCACUAUCUGAAGCUGCCUGUCCAGUUCAAGCCGAGGACUACUGGAACACACGCUGGCUCGCUGCUCAUCCAGUUGGAAACAAGUGAAAGUCUGGAUGUGCAGCUGACUGGUGAGGCACUGCCUUGAAUUUACCAGCCUCCCUCACCACUUUGCACAAAAGGACCUUCAGCCUUUCUUAGGACGAUCCUGUUUGCCAGCACACUCCUGAUAGGAGGAAAUGUGAUGAUUGCCCAAGGCCAAUUACAACCUGGAAAUAAAUCCUCACUCAUCGUCACUUUGCCAAAAUAGGAGACUGGGAAGCUAACUAAUGUUAACUCUGACUUCUAUCUCACUCCGUCCACCCUGGCUGCCCAGCCGAGACAACCUGUAACUAAAAAUGUGCCUUAUGUGCCGGAGGCUUAGUGUGCAACAUUUGUCUCUCAAGCUAUUGGUUUUAUUUUUGUUUGUUUGUUUUCUCAGAACAAAUGAAGUGUUAUUUUACUUUGAUCUGAUAUGCCGUAACUCUGCAAUGUCACAAGGUGCAUUUUUCUUGCCAAAGAGGGAGCACUAGUUGAAAUACAUUGAGGAUGUCCCACAGGAAUGCCUUUGUUCCCAGUAUUGGCCUCAUCCCUGCAGGGAUGUUCUUUUUUUUUUUUUGCGAGAAGCCACACAAUUUGUUGCAUUGCCAUGUAACCCUGCAGACAUGAACUAAUAUGAACCAGUCAACUCAUGGUGGAAAUUAGGACACAGCAUCAAAGAUUUUUUUAAUCUAUUUUUUCCUGCAGGCACAUUUCAACCGUUGGUCUGCAACUGUUUAAAUGACUUCAGCUUCUUUACUUUCUAUGCAAACGGACAAGAAGCGUUCAUAUCAUGGCAACAUCCAGAACACCUUGUGUGCCCAUUGAUACGGAAUGUUUGUGAAGAAUAUUUAUAAGACUAUUCCAAAAGGGCUGCACAGACUUAAUUAAUCCAUGAUGAUGGUUCAAGUUCAGCUCAUAGUGACAUUAGUUUGGGUUGUGAUUGUUAUUAAGUUCUGUUGGGGUUUGACUGGGCAGCUGUUUUUGCCUGCUCGGUAUGGUUACCAUGGCAAAGCUGUGCUCAUUACUGUUCCACUCACAACAAUGAGCACUCGUAUGAACCUUUGGAUCAACUAGACAUAGUAUUAUUGUCGGGUUAUGUAGCUUAGAAAUGCUUAGGUGCCCUAUGUUAACAUUAGGAUUGUCUGGUAAACGUUUUAGAUGCCACACACUUUUGUAGUGUACAAUUUACUUUCCUGUAUAGUGAAUUUUAAUGUGAAGGCUGUAUCUGGUAACUAUUAUUCAGCAUCCAUCGAUUCAGUUUGCACAAUCUUUAACUGCAAUUUGUAAUAUAUUGUGUAUUGACAUAUUUAAGUAAAGUUUUUUUUCCUCAAUAAAAACCCAUGUCUCAUU